AUGUCUGAACUGAAGUUCUGUAUCAAAGUUGUGAUAAAUAAAGAGAAGACAAAGGUACUAUUUGCAGAAGCCAGUGGUCAUUUUGUAGAUGUGUUGUUAAGCCUUCUACUUCUGCCAUUAUUAACGAUUAUUGAAGUCCUGGAGAAGCAGUACUGCGGAUGCAUUGUACAGCCUGUUAUUGGAAGCUUGACCACUCUCUAUAGAAGUGCAGAAAAUCUUCAUAUUGACCAUUUCCAUGGAGAUUAUGCUAAGAAAAGACUGAUCAAUUCUUCAACACUUUAUGAAAAAGAAUUGUAUAGUUUGAGACUUAAUCAUGGUACUCAGCCCAACAGUUUUAGUUCCGAGCAAUCAUAUACGGGAGUUUUCAGUAGUUGUGCAUCUUCUUUCAUAAUCACCGAUGAUCUUUGUAUGUUUCCUAUUGAGGAACGCUCCAUCGUUGAAACUCUCAGCACUCUUGGAAUUGCUAUGGAAGAUAUGGAUUUCAUGGAGACAAGAAAUGUGUGGUUUGGAUUGAAUGAGAUAAUAGGUUUAUUGAAGGAAUCAUUGAUUUGCUCGAAUCCGUUCACUUCCCUCAUUUUUCCAGAUAGACGGAUGGUUUUAUUAGCAGCAGAGCGGCAUGUUUUGUUACAUCAGAGCCCCACUCUUGUGAUCCCAGAGAAUAUGAUCUUGAAAGCCAUCCUUCAAAAAUCUACAAACAAGCUGUUGUUUGCUCAGAAAGAUUUGACUUGCGUGUAUAUGGUACGUGAUGACUUGCGUGUUUCACCGUUGGAGGUAACAUCAGGUGUUUCUCUUAUCAAAGAGUUGAAGAUCUCUUUGUCUGAUGUAAAAGAAGUAAAGCUGCAAAUUGGGGUGGAAGAGGGUUUAAGCAUACUGAAAGCGGCUCUUACAUCAACCACUGCUUUGACAGAUGGCCUCAUCAAGCCCUUCUUGAGUAAACAAGAAAUAGACAUCAAACCCUUCUUGAAACAAGAAAUGGAGUAG